AUGGCGGGCAACGGUCUUGACACCACUUCAUUCAUCCUUGCCGCUCUGACGGCGUCAGGCGGAAUCAUCGGCUUCGCCAGGACCGGCUCGGUUCCGUCCGUCGCCGCUGGCUGCGCUGUUGGCCUACUCUAUGGCCUCGGCGGCUCCCGUAUCCGCAAUCGCCAACCGUAUGGUCUUGAGCUGAGCCUCUUGGCCUCGGUUGUCCUCGGAGGAUCUGCUAUUCCCCGCGCCAUCAGGCUCCAAAAGCCCGUCCCCAUCAUGCUGAGCCUCAUUGCGACCUUCGGUCUCGUGACCUUUGGUCGCGCCCUCUACCAGCGCACUUAG